UAAAAUACAAAUUUUAAAUUAUUCAGUGUUACAUUUUUUACCUAUGAAUGUACAUUAUAAAAUGACAAUAAUUUUUAAUCUACGUAGUUUAAUAAUUAUUUUAAUUAAUUUUAAUUUUUACCAUAUAGUAAUGAGUCCUAACACUUCUGGCAUUUCAAAAGAGGAAAGACAGAUACUAAUCGAAAAUUGUAAAGAAACAUUAAAAGACAGCUUUGAUUUUACCGGGACUUAUUAUAAUGACAUGAGUAUUGAUGUUGAAGACAAAGUCCAAACAGUUGCUGAAAAUUUUAAAGAAUUUGAAAAAACAUCAAUACAAAUCAAUACAAACUUAGCAGACGAGUAUAUACAAUUUAUUACAAAUAACAAAGAUAUUGAUGAUCCUAUAAGAGAAUACUGCAAAAUUUAAGAUGAUUAGUAGUAAUAUGUCUUAAAAUGAUAAUAAUUAAAGUUCAGAGUAAACAUUUUAACAAUAGUGUUUAAACUAUUAUUGAC